AUGGUGGAUGUAACUGUAGAUGAAGUAGAGGCAGAUAUAAUUAAUAUUGAUGGUUUUGAAAAGUUGAUAACUGAUUUGACCAUCGAAAAUAUAUGGGGACUGGUGUUUGAUACAGAAUCUCAAGUUUGUGAAUUUUAUGCCAAAUAUGUCCAGUGCUAUGGAUUUGUGUCACAAAAAGACUUAAAGAUGGUGGAUGCUAAUGGCAACAUUAAUACAAGACAAUUGCUUUGCAAUAAAUCAGGAGAAAGACAUUGGAAGCACCUUAAAAAGGACAAUCGGCAAAGGGAGCGUAGGGCAAUUACUCGUGUCAACUGUAGGGCGAGGAUUCGUUUCAUUAGUCACUAUAGAGCGGGUGGAUACAAUAAAGUGGGUUUUACCAGCAAAGACUUGCAUAACCACAUUAGUAAGACUAGGCGUGGCAAAGUGAAAGACGGUGAUGCAUUUGCUGCAUUGGCCUAUCUGUUGUCUAAGGCAGACAGUGACCCAUUAUUUUUAGGAAAGUUCACCUUAAAGGAUGGUAGGUUGGAUAGUUUGGUGUGGGCUGAUGGAGAAAGCAUUGUUGAUUACGAAUAUUUUGGCGAUGUACUCGCUUUUGACACCACUUACAAGAAAAAUGUUUACAACAAGUCCUUAGUCAUAUUUUCAAGGACCAUCCACCAUGGCCAAACAACUAUCUUUGGAUGCGCUCUGCUCUCAGAUGAAAGUUCCGAAACUUUCAAAUGGGCACUGAAGAAAUUUUUGAAAAUCAUGUAA